AAACAAAAUGAUGGAUACAAGCUACGAGAGUCUCCUGUCGUACAUCGUACAUUGCGCUCGCCAACGACACCGGAACCGCAACUUCGAGCGACGUCGACGACUAUGAUUCCUUCGUUCAACGAGGCGGACAUCGCUGCGCUCGAUCUGCUACCGCACCUACCUCCGAGGACGAGCGUCCAGCCCGCGGAUCAUGACCUCUUCGAGGUCUCUUCGAGUUCCAUCAACACUGCAAAUACAAAAUCUGCCAAUGACAUCCCUCUGCACGGUCGGGUUGAGGUAAACAUUGCUACUGCAUCGCCGGGCCCGGGAAUGGAUGAUUCGGAUAAGGAGAACCGGCCAGUCUUCCUGUUCGGUCAUUUCCUCGUCAAGCAGAAGGGAGACAUCGCGACCACGCCGGUCCAUAUCCAAGAGCCUGACCACCUGAGGGAGCGGAGGAAAGAGAGGAAGGAGUUUGCUGAGCGGCGGGACUUUGUACAAGACACGGAGCCUCCCGUUGAAUCCACCUCACUAACGAGUGUAUCAGUCGAAGCGACUUCUCCCGGGACCACCCCGCUCAUUUCCAGAACAGACGACGUCGUAUCGACGCACACAGAGCAGGGACACUUCUCGCUCGAUACACCACGGAUGUCAGUGCGGCUGGACGAUCUCACGGACGUCCUGGGUUUCCACGUGCUGGAUGAAGAGAGCUCAUAG